GUGAUUCAUGUUUAUUUUCAACACUUCUCUGUGAUACAAGUCAAAUGUCUGCAUUGGCUGAGCAGGAGGACUUUGAUAAAUGCUUCACCAUUUUUGACAGCUCUUCUCCGGAGGAUGUGUCCCACGCCAAGCAGCUAUGGAGCUCGCUGUCCCUCCUGCCGCCGCUGGAGUCCCGGCUGGUGUCCGCAGACAUCCGCCAGAGGCUGCCAGUGUCCCGGCCGCAGCGCAGCAGCAGCGCGGGUCCUAAACCCUCCACCCCUGCCCCACAGCCGCCUAGCGUGUCUGCUUGCCGGCAGAGACGGGAGGAGAGGCAGCGGUAUGCUGCCAUGGCCGACCAGAGGAGGGAGAUACUCGCCCUGCUGAGCCGGCAGAGGGAGCAGAGGAUCCAGAAGGAGAUGCUCUCUGCGGGCUUUAAACCGAAGCUCAAGCUCGGCCGAGAAAAAGUGUUGAAGCUGAAAAAUCCUCCAGACUCUGUCAAUGAUGAUGAGCUGGUGAAGCAGCUGCAGUAA